UCCCUUGGAAGUAUCCUUAGCUGGAUUUUGAAAAAGCAGCAAUCUUUAACCAAAGUUUUACACAAAACCCAUUAAUAAAUUGACCAUUCUCUCUAUAUAAACCACAACUUCAACUAAUAACUACCACAAAACCAAAUCUUCAAGAAAAUCAAAGCAAUCUCUCUUCAAGGAAUCAUGGAUAGUUCUUCCUCUCAUCAGUCUAGCCACCACCACCACCAACAACAACCAUUGCCUUUGCACUUGUGUUUCUUCCUGCUAAUACUACUAAUGUUUGUUGGGCUGUCAUGGUACAUAAACUAUGAGCCUGUUCUGGAGAGCAUAUUUGAUCAAGUGAAGAUUUUACUCAUAGUGUCUCCUUUGGUGCUUCUGUUGGUUGUCCACUGGAUUUCAAGUGAUGAGAGUGGGAGAUUCUCUUACUUGAUUCCAUUACCAGAGAAAGAUUCACUUCAUAGAGCUGGAGGGACUCCAUGGGGAGUUGGGCUUAUGCUUGUUCUUCUCCUUUUCAUGAUCUCCUACCAGUCUUACUUCCAAGAAAGAUGGUUUCCUCUUCUUAGUAGAUAGUGAAACAACUUUGCUUUCUUUCUUUUCUUUUCUUUUUUCUUUUUUUUGAGUGGGCUGUUUAUUUUUCACUUAAUUAGUUGUAAGUUGUAAUAUUGGUGUUAUAUGUGAAUUGUAUUGUAAAUGGUUUGUUUUCUUU